UGAGAUCAAUACCUUACGUGAAAUCCAAAGGGACCAAGAUCGUAAAAUUAUGCAGUUGGAAGAUACUGUGAAUUUGUUACAGGAUCAAGAACUUAAGUUCGUAGACUUUGAAAAUAGUUUGAAUAUAUUGCGGAGUUUAUAUAACUCCUUAGUUGAUCAGAUCAACAGCUUGCAAGUUUUAAGUCGCCAGUCAUUGAUGAUUCAAGAGCAGGUUGAUUGGGUAGAAAGGAAUGUAUCGGAAUCUUCAUUUGCCGCACAACAAAAAACAGCUAAAAAAGCUCCUGCGAGUAAUGAG